UGUUGACGUAAUGUUACGUCAAAUUGGAAUAAUACAAUACUCGUAACCUCGAAUUGUAAAUAUUACAAAAUUAAACUUAUGUAGCAAAUAUCGCACUAUUUAAUUUAAUUAUGUUUAAUUAUUAAGGAAGGAAAAGUGUUAAAAAGGCCCGAAAACAGCGGGAAAUAUGACACGCACAAGAAAAGAUGGCGUCCUACGCGACGUCACAGACAUGGCGAUGGGCGGGAUAUCGGCGAUGUUUGCGACGCUAUUUACUAAUCCUAUCGAGGUUGUGAAGACCCGUCUGCAGCUGCAGGGAGAGUUGGCCGCGCGCGGAAAACACGCUGUCUUCUAUAGGAAUGUGCCUCAUGGCUUGUUUGUCAUUGGGCGUGCUGAGGGCUUGCUAGCCUUGCAGAGCGGAUUGCCCGCCAUGCUAGGAUUCCAAUUUUGUUUGAAUACGUUUAGAUUAGGAGUAUACCGUAUAUCGGAACGUCGUGGUCUUAUUACUGAUGGCGAUGGUCGAGUGUCAGUGGUGGGCGGUGCGGUUGCAGCGGGGCUCGGCGGCGCGCUCGGCUCCAUUGCAGGCACGCCGUUCUUUCUAGUUAAGACACGACUGCAGGCGCAGGCCGCUAAAGCCAUCGCUGUCGGAUAUCAGCAUACACACAGCGGGACCUUCAAUGCGUUGAUAGAUAUUUACAGAAGAGAAGGUGUUAAGGGUAUAUUCCGUGGUGUUUACCCUCAAAUCCCGCGCGGCGCAGUUGGCAGUAGUUCUCAGAUGGUGAGCUUCGCCUAUGCCAAGCAGUGGCUACUUGACCGUGACAUCUGCACCACCUCGCCACUCCUGCUGUCAUUUCUUGGCGCCAAUCUUGGCGGGGUUGUCAUGACCUUUUGUUUGAACCCAUUUGACGUGAUGGCCACUAGGCUUUCCAAUCAACCCGUGGACAAUAACAAUAAAGGUACACUAUAUCGCGGUAUGUCUGACUGUUUCCUCAAGAUGUUGAGGUCUGAGGGAGCUGGGGCCUUCUACAAGGGAGUUGGUGCCAACUAUCUACGUUUGGGUCCUCACACCGUUUUACUGUUGGUCUGUUGGGACCAACUUAAAAUAUUAGAAGAAUUUCUAAGAAGUUGACAAACAUAUUCCAAAAUAUAAACAUGUUGAAUGUCUUAGGUAGUUGACGAGAUAAUACUUGAUAUUUCAAUUUUAAUUAAUUUUAAUUUAAU